AUGGCUCGUAGCUGCCAAAGAUUCACCGUCUCCCCUCAGAGAGCUCUCUCUCGAGACGUGUUACGACCUUCGGUCGAAUUACCGUCUGACUAUGUGAAUUGGAGCACGGAUGUCAAUCCAGACGACCUUGUCAAUCUUGCAGACAACCCACCCGGAGGUGAUGAAGAGACGCGCAGAGAAGCCCUCAUGAAAGGUGCAAGUGCGAGGAUCGCGCAAGCCAGCAAAGACAUUUACACGGAGACACGUUUUCCGGAUUUUGUUGUCCUUUUCGUCAAAGGCAGGUCAGCGUCCUCUAUCCUGCUGAUUGUCGAGGUUAAAGCUCUUAACGUUGCCGAAGAGGACAGCGAGUUGGAAUACGAAGCCGCGUACGAAGAAGUCUGGUCUGCUUACAAUCAAGUUAUCACUCAAGCGAAGUUCGCCUUUGAUCUUCAUAAGGAACAAGACCGUAUGUUUGUGAUUCGCGCUCCAGGGGACUACUGGCACCUGAUGGAACUUCGGCGAGAGGACCUGAUGCCGCUCCCAGUACAUCCCUGCGGAAUAAAGAUUUGA